CUAGGGAAUUUAUGGCAAGGUUUACAAGGCAGAUAUCAGCCAUGGAGGUUAGAGCCACACAGAAAAAUAGAGUUCGAUACUCUUCAAAGAACAUUAAACACUUGCCAUCUUGCACUAUUACUGAGUUUGAUUUAAAGGAUUAUUCUCCGUUGGGUUUCAGACUUAUACAAGAACUUGAAGAUAUUGAUCAUGAUGAUUACAUGCAUUCCAUUUGCAAUGAUAAGACUUUAAACAAGCUUUCUUCUGGGAAAAUAGGCAAUGUGUUUCUUGUAUCCAAUGAUGACCGUUUCCUCAUCAAGAUUCUUCGAAAAUCUGAGAUUAAGGUGAUACUAGAGACGCUUCCGGGCUACUACAGACAUAUUCAUAAUCACAGAUCAUCACUAUUCUCAAGGAUCUAUGGUGCUCAUGUUGUCAAGCCUGUUGGAGGUGUUAAGACAUAUUUUGCUGUGAUGUCAAACAUGCUGCAUUCUAAGGUUUUUAUGAACAAGCUCUAUGAUCUAAAAGGUUCUCCGAAAGGUCGAACCAACAAGAAAAUUGAACUGAGAAACAACACUGUGUUCAAGGAUAUAGAUCUCGAUUUCUGUUUCUACGUUGAUCCAUUGGCUAGACAACGCAUCAUCAAGCAGACAAAGCUAGACUGUGAUCUUUUGGAAGAACAAGGCAUAAUGGAUUACAGCUUAUUGGUUGGUUUACAAGUAAAAGAGUCAUCAACUCAAGGUUCAGUUAAUGGAGUAAACCCGGUUUAUGGUAGCUUCACACCUCCAUGCUCAUUGAAAAGUGAUAGCACAAACUCGUUGAAGACAGCUCUAAAUUCUCCAGAUAGCUCGUUUACAACAUUCUACUCAUGCCCUCCCAGUAGAGAAUCAGUGGAAAGUGAAAACUCAAUGACAAGCAAUAGCACAGGCUCAGAAAAUAAUCUGAUAAACAGACAAAGCAAAUUAACAACACUCAGUGACCUCUUUGUCAACAGCUGCUCGAGUACUAACUUUGGGAUGAAGAUUCCGGCGAGAGCACGGCGAGUGAAGAGAGCGGCGGGAGAAGAGGAGGAAUGGUACGAUGUGGUUUUGUAUUUAGGGAUCGUAGACACAUUUCAAGACUACGGUAUGAAGAAACGCAUUGAACAUUGUUACAAAACUAUCCAACAUAACUCAAACUCGAUAUCGACCGUCCAUCCUAAGAUCUACUCUUCUCGGUUCCAAGAAUUCGUCUCCAACAUCUUCUUACCUCGUGACGACGGUGAUUUAUCUCUGUAAAAUAUACUAUUUGUUAUAGCAAAUGACGGUUUAACUUCCAAGUCAGAUCAUGAUUAGUGUGUUAAAUAGCCCUCAUCUUACGACCCAUGUCAGGUGUCUGUUGUCCAAAACCUUGUAAUCUUUACUAUGUUUCUUUAACAGAUACUCCAUAAACUAUAAAAAAAUAUUACGUAGAUAAUUUUACAACUGACAGUUCAACUUGGACUAUGUUUAAAAUUGCCUAUAAACAUUUUCUCCGAUAGUCUUUACCAUGUUUCUCUAACAAAUAAUAAAAUCAAAUUACUAUUGUAUGAAUCUAUUCGAUCGGUCCCUUCUUUAGUAGGUUACCAACAGUUCAACUGCAUUUAAAACACCACAAGUAACUUACUUCAGACGCACACAACCCAACAAAUCGUUUAGUCUCCCAACAACGUAAAAUGUUCAAAGGAUUCCCAAAACAAUACACUUUCAUCAGACCUUAGUGCAUUCCAAGAACAGACCCAGAGAAACUACUUGUCGAUAACCAAACAUUAUUACAUGUUCCAGACUUGAGCAUGACUACACAGACACCUAAAUGCUUUGAUUUACUUUAAUACCAAAAAUCAAAUAUAAUAAGUCCUUAGUUUUUUUUAUAAAAAGAAAUAUUAGAACGAUAAAUUAUUUUAAUCUUAUUCAUGUUUGAUAAAAGAAAAAAGAAAAAUAAAAA